GCGACGACUCGAAGUUCAAAAAGACUUAGAAAGCAUGUUGCAGAUAUCGCUGUACCAACUUGGACAUGAACGAUGUCAAGCGCAUUUUCUGACCAUUUUCCUCUCACCAUCACAGUCGUGGUUGCUCAGAAGUUUUUGUGUGAGUAGAAGGAGGUGUAAAGUAGCAAAAUCACGGCAUCACUAUGGACGAGGAGCUACAUUAGAUUUUCGCGUUCCUAGAUUCAUUUGUAGCGUGAUCGUCCUCUCGCGUUUCACAGAUUGCUUCUUUUGUUGGGUGUGGCCUUGUUCGCUAAAUCUUUUACAAGUCUUUGUUAUUCAGUUGCAGCUUGUUGGCAUUGAUUCGGAGACAGAAUGCCGCGUUUUUAUUGCGAAUAUUGCGAUGUCUACCUGAAGUGCGCUUCGCAGGGGUGCCGCAAAGAGCACAACUUCGGGAGGAAGCACAUUAACAAUAAGAUUGAUCACUAUACUGCCUUGAUCCGCGAAAAGCAGCUCGCACCGCCGAUUCAUCAGCCUCCGAUGUGGCUGGUAGCGCUAUUCUCUUUAGGGAUGUGCCUAGACUGCCUGAGCCUCCUUUGUUAGAAAUUAAUGUAGUCACGGACGCGGUCAUCUGGAGGCUAUAAUUCUAUCAUAUCACCUCUAUCACUUGGCUUCUUUGUCAGACUUCUCCAUAUCUAUCCUUAGCGAGGAAACCACGACAACUUUUCAGGUGAAGCGCAUUCGGAAAAACAUGGCUAGCGCGCCAGGAGCAUCACCCGCGCUUCCAGUUCCUGUGCUGCCUAUGGUCCCGAGGCCCGAAGAGAAUAAGAUUCCAGAUGCAGCCUCUUUUGCAAAAAUGCCACAAAAUAUGUUUCAGAUGAUGGCACAAAACAUGCAGCAAAGUAUGAAUCAACAAAUGCAGAGCCAUAUAGCAGGAAAAGGCGGACCAGUUCCACCUGCUGGCCCUCCAGGUCUACAAGCUAUGCAAGGUAGUAGAAGUGCGAUUCUUGGUUUUCUAGUUCGUCGGAGAUCAUAUCUCUGUAGAUAAUGUUCAUGUCCUAUGAUCAAUUGUAGUUUCUUCGGAAAAAGAUAGUACUGGUCGUGCAAAUUCAUCAAAAUGAAAGAUUCAUUUGUUGUUCAGGUAUGCCGGGUAUGCCUCAUUUAGCUCCACCACCACCGAUGAUGGGCGCACCACAAAUGGGAGGACUCAUGCCACCAGGAAGUCUGGGUCAAAGAGCUCCAAUGUAAUCCGGGUCAUCAAAAAGAGAUUUACGCCUUUUCCCGAAUGUCUCAAGAUUUUUAUCACAUAAUUUUCUCCUCCUUCCAUGAGCAUGACAUAUCCAAUUCCCCAUGCGCUUUCCCUCUCCCAAACAUAAAACAUGGACAUCUAAGAAAAUCUGCUCUUGGAAUAUAGCUCAAAGAAUCGACUCUAUGAAACACGUAAGUAGACAGUUUUGUUCCAUUGAAGCAGCAUCCUCGUGGUUGAUAGGCAACA